AUGGACUUGGCAGAAACUAUGAAAAACAUUGUUGCCAAAGGUAUGCAAACAGAAAUGGGUCCACCAGGUGGAGGAUCUGGUUACCCUGGUACACCAAGUAGUGCUGGUUAUGUUACUGAAAAAAUGUAUAUGUUAUUACAAGCCUAUCUUCAAAACAAAGGUUGGAAUCCAAGCAUCGAGCUCCUGCAAUGUUUUUCAGAAUUCAAAGAUGCAUCAAUGAUCCCAAGUGCUGCUUACUUGCAGAUGAUGGCAUCAAGAAUAGCUUUGGACUCUCAGGGAAGACUGGUUCUUAGAGAAAAUGGAAAAAUAAUAUUGCCCUAUGAACAUUUUGCAAAUGCUGUGAUGUUAAAGCAUAUGAAUGGCCCUCAUGGUCUACAUUUGGGCUUAGAAGGCACAGUUAGAGCUGUGAUGGAAUCAUACACUAUUGGGCGAGAAUGUUUUGGUAUGGAAAAAGAAUUUAUAAUAGAAGUGGUCCAAAACUGUCCAAAUCCUGCUUGCCGUUAUUACAAAAAUCAACUUGAAUUAACUCAAAAAAUGGGACAUAUGGCACCAACUUAUAUUCAAGAUAAUGAUACUACAGCUUCUAUUUUACGUAGUAGUUUUCCUCAUAAUUCUGAUUUUCAAGCAACUUUAAGUAGUGCUAAUCCAAAUACUCACAUGGGAGGAGGAUCUACAACAGAUUUGGCAGAGAUAAGAGGUGCUGGGAACCAGAUGAAUCUUCAACGUCCGCCAAGCCGUCCAUCAUUGAAUAUUCCACAUCGACCUGUGUCACAAGAAAAAAAAGUAGCCACUGGGAAGCAGCAUUAUGAAUCCUUAGUAUCUAAUAUUUCAAUGUCUGAUCAUAAAUUAACAGACUUCUUAAGAACAAAUUUGGAUAAUUUGGACAAUCUCGGCGGACUUGGUUUAGGAAACCUACAAGGAAUAGGCAAUGCAAAUAAGGAUUUAUUAGCUUUACAUAAUGGAGCUUGGCCAUUGGAAAAUGAAAAAGGAUCUCGAUCAUCUUCAAAUUCAGAGGGUGGACAAGAGAAAAUAGUGAGGGCUUUUGCAGAAGUCAUGAAGAAUAUGGCAAGAAUGAAAGCUUGUGUACGUCCUGCAAUGUGCAAACCAUAUGGAAAACAAUCUGAAGCUUUGCAAAAAACACUGGUGGACACGAUACAACUUGUACAGUCACUCAGAAGUUUCUUGCCACCUCCGCAUAUUCCUGUUUCAAGCUGGAAAAAUGAAGAUAAACAUCGAUUAGAUCAUACGGGUACUACUUAUCUCCCAUCAUUAAAGACUGGAGGUUUAGAAGAGUUAUGCGAACAACGCAAGCUAGACUAA